CGAGGGGCUCGCGGGGAUGGGGAUCUCGAGGCCCCUUGUGAUGGCGAUGGCGGUGGCGCUGCUGAUCGCCGUCGCCGGUGCGACCGCCGAGGAGCAGGAGCCCCUGCUGGCGGCGGACGCGGUGGCCGGCGCGGUGGAGGCGGCGCUCGGGGAGGUGGAGACCGCGGCGCUCAGGGCCGAGCUGGGGCAACUCCGGGCGAAGAUCUCGGCGCUAGAGUCAGACAUAGAAGAGCGAUCUCAAGAACUGAAGAAUAAGGAUGAUGCCAUCAUGAACCUGGAGAAAGCCAUUGAAGAGAAGUCAAAGGCUAUUACCUCUAUGCUGGACGAGAUUGCUUCCCUCCAGGCAAAAGGGUCUGUAGCUGCCGAGGAGCAGGCUAACAAGGCCAAUGCCAAGGUUGUUGAGCUUGAGAAGCAGGUUGACAAGAUCAAAAAGGAUAUUGAAGCACAAAGCAGCCAGAAAGCAGCACUAGAGUAUAGGGCCAACGAUGCAGAGAAGAAGGUGGAAGUACUGAAUGAAAAGCUUAAUACAAUCCAAAAGGAAAGUGAUGAGAAAAAACGCAAAAUCAAGAAGACAGAACGUGCUCUUAAAGUCGCUGAGGAGGAAUUAAUGAGGUUGCAGUUAGAAGUAACUGCUAAAUCAAAACAGCUGUCAGAGGUUCAUGGAGCAUGGUUACCACCUUGGCUAAUGGCACAAUAUGCUUGUUAUGCGGAGGUUGUCUCAGGUCACUGGGAUCAACAUGGGAAACCUGCUGUGCAGAAUUUUUUGCAUAAGGCAUCAGAAAAAUCAGCACAGGCAAAGAAAUGGGCUGAACCUCAUAUCGAGACUGCUAAGAUGAAAUGGAUUCCUGUUAAGCAGAAAUUGGUUGCCCUCAAGAAAAAUGCAGAACCUUAUGUACAAAAGGUAUCAACAAGAUCAGUAGAGUUUUACGAGUCAUCAAGGGAUGCUGUGACACCUCAUGCUGUCAAAGUUAAAGUGUUUGUUCAUUCCUACUACCAGAAAGCCAAGAAGUUUUCUAAGCCUUACAUUGAUCAAAUUGCUGAGAUUACUAAACCACAUGUUGAGAAAAUUAGAACUACUCUGAAGCCAUACACUAAGAGAGCAGUUCAUGCAUAUGGGUCAUUUCUCAAGUCGGCAACCACAUACCAUCGACAGGCUCAAGCAAGCAUCAUGGACUACCUUCACCAGCAUGAUAUAACAAAAUCAUUGGCAACUAAGGAGUUAGUUUGGUUCCUGGCUUCUGCUUUGCUGGCUCUGCCUGUCUUCAUUAUAUACAGGCUUCUAGUAGGGACCUUCUGCUCCAAAAAGAAUAAAAGGCCUCGUAGUAGUAAUGGUAACCAUGGCCACAAGAGAUACAAGCGGCGACAUGCUGACAAGUAGAUCAGUUUACUGAACACUUUAGGGUUCAGUAUGCUGUGUACCGUGGCAGAUCUUUGAGCAGGAUUGGGUCAUGGGCACCCUUACCUUGAAAGCAUUGUACACCACCAACAUACUCUUCUCUUUUGCAUUUUCGUCCCAGGUGUAAUAUGGACUUCAGUGCAGCAGACCUUUUAUCUGCACUUUGCUGGGUUCAUGUGGUUAUGCCUCGGCCUUUGUUUGAUUGGUCAUUUGUUUAUUGUAACUUGUGAAUGCGUUUGAAUUUGUAUGCUUGUUCUUGUCGGCGACCUACAUUCGAACUUAAUACUUAUGUAUACAGUGGUUGGUUU